UACAUUCACAAACAUAUAUACAUACAUAUAUCUACACACGCAUAUAUAUAUAUACACACACACACACACAUACAUGUAUGUAUAUAUGGAUCUUUUCCCACAAACACACAUUCAGUUUAUAGAUAUCAAUUGAUGACCCAGACGUAACCGCGUUGUCAGUAACACAUAUGUGUGAGCAUCAUUUUGGGAAAAGCUUGGCCGAACGGGCUGCCGUGUGUUCCAGCGUGGUCAACACGACCGCUUUAAUAGCAAGAAGAAUUGCUUAACAGUAUCUUUACCUCAUACUGACACCACUGUACAACCACAGCUGGUUUUUCUCUUUUAUCGCCCCUCGACAUCCCUCCCCUUUGAGAACCUAGCUUGUAAAAACCUCUUUGGUUUUUCACGUACAUUUUUGCAAGUCGUCUGCCAACACCAGUCUACGAAUGACCUGGAAUCAGGACCCCGACAAGACGGCACAGAAAAUGGUGAAGGUGGUUGAGACGGGUGUAUUCGUCCUCUCCGGCCUUCACUUCUUUGUUGGACUGGUCAGUGUGUGUGUCGGAGUAGUGUCCAGUAUUAAGGCUGAAGUAUGGUUAGCACACAGCGUAUCACCAAUAUGGAGCGGUGGAUUUUUCAUUAUCACAGGCAUAUUAGGUGUGUGUUCCACACGAAGGAAAUCCCCAUACUUGAUCAUGUGCUUCAUUGCCAUUUCCGUGGUUUCUUUGGUGACUGCUGUUGUCAGCAUCCAAUUGCUACGUCUUGGACUGGUCAGUCAUACAACGGAUGGACAUACUUUCCAAAAAGAAAAGAAGGAUAUUCUGAUUCUGAUAGCUCUUGGUGGAGCCGGAUUCGAGGGUUUAGUUUGCUUAUUGUGUAUCUUGUUUGGUUGUAAGUUGUCCAAGGUAACCAAAGAAGAACUGUCUAAAAAACGGGAAGGAAUGUUUCACGUGAAAGUUCUAGGACAAAAAGAUAUAGUGGUGGUGUCUCAAACGAAGACUGAAGCCUAUAAUAACACAACAGCAUUGUGAUGUUAAAAUGAUCCUAAAUUCAAAGAAGAAAAAAUAUUAAAAAAAAAAUUACAAUAAACUUAGUUUCAGAAAAUAAAAAUGUGACACAGACUAUUGUCAGAACUAUGAAUGCUAGCUCAAG